AGAGAAGGUGAUGCAAGAGCAGAGAGAGGGUUUGGAGCCUGGUACCAGCUGUAGCAGCUCAGUCCAUAGGACAGCUGCAUUGUCCCAGCCUCAGCUCUGCAUCAGCGGGCAAUACUGGCCAAUCUCAGCCCUGCAGCCUGGCCCCCGGUCCCUACCCGCCUCCGCAAGCAGAGCUUUGAUCCACUGGAGUGGACCCCUGCCGCCCCCGUUAGUCCUUAACCACCUCUGCUCUCGCUGCAGCAGUAGCCCCCUUCACCCUCUCGUGGGUUUACGGCAGUAGGGUUUUUUUAUUUGGUUUUUAAUGCUGCGUGUCCUGGGCUGCGGGUGCUAAAUGCUGAGCGCUGACAGGAUGGAGGAGUUUCCAAGUGAGGAAGAGGAGCCUUGGUACGACCAGCAGGACCUGGAGCAGGACCUGCACUUGGCAGCCGAACUGGGGAAGACGUUGCUGGAGCGUAAUAAAGAGCUGGAGGAUUCGCUGCAACAGAUGUACGCAACCAAUGAGGAGCAAGUGCAGGAGAUAGAGUACCUCACAAAACAGCUGGAGAUGUUGCGCCAGAUGAACGAACAGCAUGCUAAGGUCUAUGAGCAGUUGGACCUCACAGCACGGGACCUGGAGCUGGCUAAUCAGAAGCUUGUGCUGGAGAGCAAGACAUCCCAGCAGAAGAUACAAUGCCUGACAGAGACCAUCGAAGGGCUGCAGAACCAAGUGGAGGAGCUGCAGAAGCAGGUGGAGGAGCUGCGGAGCUUAGAGCAGCUGCGCAUACGGCGGGAGAAAAGGGAGCGGCGCCGAACCAUUCAUACCUUCCCCUGCCUUAAGGAGCUGUGCUUGAGUCCCAGGUAUCACCAUGAAGCCAGGAGAGGGAAAGGCAGGUCUGAAGAUGCGUUCCAGGUCCACAGCUCUUCAAUGGAGCUCAACCAAAACCCUAUGGAGAGAGAGAAUGAGCGUCUCCAGGCCAUGGUGAAUUCCCUUAGGUCCCAGGUCAACCAGGAGAAGCAGCGGAAGGAAAGGGUGGAGCGCGAAUACACUGCCGUCAUCCAGGAGUACUCAGACCUUGAGCAACGGGUGUGCGAGAUGGAGAGCGGCAAACUGCGCAUCAAGGAGCUGGAGGCUGAGCUCCUGGAGCUACAGCAGAUGAAACAAGUCAAGAAGUAUCUUCUUAGCAGAGAAGACAACCUAUCUGAAGCACUUCUGGAGCCAUUAAACAAUGCCCCCGAAGCAGAUUACAUCGACCUCCCAGAGGAAGACGGGAGUAAAACUCACUGUGCAUCCAUGACAGUGUCCCCAAAUCACCCCGUCCGGAAAAGCUGCAGCGACACUGCCCUCAAUGCCAUCGUGGCCAAGGACGCUGUGAGCCGGCACGAAGGCAACUACACGCUGCACGCCAACAACGUGCGCAAGCGGGGCAUGUCAAUCCUGAGGGAGGUGGACGAGCAGUACCACGCCCUGCUGGAGAAGUACGAAGAGCUCCUCAGCAAGUGCCGGCAGCACAAGGACAGCGUGCGCCACACCGGAGUCCAGACCUCCCGCCCUAUCUCUCGUGACAGCUCCUUCAGGGACUUCCGGGGAGAGGGUCACGAGCUGGAAGAGCGGAAGACACUAGAGAAGAGCCUUAGCAAACACGUGGAGGCUGUGGACAAGCGGCUGGAGCAGAGUCAGCCAGAGUACAAGGCCCUUUUCAAGGAGAUCUUCUCACGCAUCCAGAAGACGAAAGCUGACAUCCAUGCCACCAAGGUGAAAAACAAGUCUAGCAAAUGAAUCCCACCGCCGUUGUGUUUCUUUUUCUCCCACAUGCAACCUCAACAACCAGCUCUUCUCUUUUGCUCCAGGAAAUAUCGAGUGGCCCUGCUGCCUUGAGGCCUCUCACUUUGUUUUCUUGUGUAGGAAGGGGGCCUACACGGCUCAAGGACAAGAAAGUGCCAUGAAGACUCAAGUCACUUUUGUAAGUUAGUGCUCCAAGUGAACCCAGCUGCCAGGGUUUCUGAACCUGCUGGAAAAGCUGUAUAUUGUAGUUCUAGAUUGUUUCAGAAACUUUACAAUGAAUUCCUGCAUGUAUUGCUACAGCAGCCAGAAAUCACAAACACCGGAAACCAACCAACUACCCACCCUUUCAGCUUCUCCUCCAGCUAUUGUGUUUGAUUAUCUGCAGGCAAAAGCUUGGAUCUCCUGCAGUGUCCUGGAAUGGCAUGGGUGCAGUGUUACAAAAAAGCCAUCAGGACUUCCAGAGACUGCUUCAAAACAUUCAGCCCUUCUCUCUCUCUUUGGUUUACUGCAAAGGACCCACAAUUGUACCUGAGACACUUUCGUUUGACCUUUCUGUUCCACAAAGGGCCGUAUGUUCUUCCUAUUUAAGCCAUUCUCUUAUCAGACAGGUUUUUCAGAGAUUUACAACGCAAACUCAUUGCAACUGGAAAAACUUGAAGAGAAAUGUAGAACUGGUUACUGUUAUGUCUUCAGCAGCCUCCCCGGAUGAGUCAGUCUUAGGACUUUAAGCAUAUAGGAUAUCCUUCUUUUACACUCCAGGUGAAUCACAGUCUGGUUGAAUUCAUCUAAUGGUUGAAACUGAUGACCAGGGCUUUCCCAGAAGCCAAACAAGAAGUACCGUUACUGGUUCAGAGAGAUACCCCUCAUCUCUAGGUUUGGGUAUUGGUCCUCUGUGCCUUGCUAUUCAAGAGAUCAUCAUUGCCCCUCCUAGCAAGCUCUUAAAAUAUGACUUGUCUGGGUUUGCAAAGACAGAUUAGCAGUGACUCAGCCGUGGAGGGAUAACAACAAAGCACCACAUUCUUAAAGUGUUAAGAGCAGUGAUUACCAACAACAGUAUUUAUCACACUGUCUCCAGACCUUCACCGUUAAUACUCCUGACUGAGCUGACAGAUAGCAUUUUCUGCUGACAAUAAUCCAAGCGCACACACACACACACCCCCUCCCCAAUCUCAGGAAUCACCAGUAUCCAUUUCUCAGAAACCAAGAGUGGGCCUUGUUUGGUCAGACAUUUGUAUGUGGCAUCUUGCAGGGCUCAUGAAUAUAUGCAGAUAAACAGCAUUUCACUAGAGCUUCAGAUACAGACCCAGAGCGCUCAGCUGCAGGGGAGGAUCCUGACAGCUGGUAUAAGUUACUGGGUCUAUAAAUUACUGAACAGUAUUCAACAUGCACUUAAGGAAACCUUGGGCUGGACUCUGAUUUCAUUUACACCAGCUUAAAUCCCAAAGUCUGUUUUUCUGGAGUUACACUGGUAUAAACGAGAUCAGAAUCUGGCUUUUGGUUAUUUUUUAGCAUAAUGUAUCUAAUUUUCUUUUUUUUCCCCUCUCCCUUGUCUUAUUCUCCAAAUUCAGGACCUGACCCCGUGAGAAGCCAACCACCCUCCGCUCCCACUGAAAUUAGUGAGGAUUGAGGGUGCUCAGAACUUUGCAGGAUCAGUCCCUCUGUCCUUUCUUUUCAAAAAGCUGCCAUCAUGGCAGUUUGCAAAGGUGCAAUCUCCAAACCAUCACCACUGCUGCCUCUUAGAUUGGCCUGCCAGAGGGGCCCAGUUCUACAAAUACCCUCCCCCUUCCUGCCCAAUGCCAAAAGCUUCUCUCUUGCUCCCUUGACAUUUUCAGAUGGCCAGUGGCCCCAAACUCUAAGUAUUAGGAGCCACACACAUGAUUGUGGCUACCAGUCUGGUAACCGUAUGGAGAACCUUCAUGCCUUAUUUAUUUAUAAUGGAAAGCAGUUGUUAAAAAAAAAAAAAAAAGUAUGCGUCAAGUAGAUUUUCUCAGAUAAUUCAUCAUGCUCUUUGUUGCCACUGUCAUGAUACUUAGUGUGCUGAUUAUUAAUGUUCCUUUUCCUAAAUCUUUAUACUAGGGGACUUUUGAACCUUCGUCUAUUCUAAAGUCAUCUGUUUGUUGCAUCAUUGCGAAGGGGAUUCACUAUCACUUUCAGUUUCAAACACUGUAAAGUAUGAACCAGCAUCUGAGUUUAAGUGUACAUCAGAUAAAUAUAUUUAAAAAUGCUUUAUUCUCUUCCUAAAUAAAAAGAAACCCCGGUAUUCUGAAAGCUGAAACUUUCUUUGUGG